GGAAUAGGCCCAAAAGUCACAAAAGAUUUGGAAAACUAAACGUAGCACUUAACAGAAUAGAAUGGCGGACUAUGAUUCGACGAAGACGACGGCACUAAGAUCACCCAGCCUGGUGAUGGCGGAGCUCCGUUUCCACCUCCGAACUUCAGAGAAUUAGUGAGGAACGAACUCCUUUUCGCCCUCUCUCUUUCUCUCAUCAGAGUCACGAGUGAGAAAGUCCUUUUCGCCAUCUCUCUCUCUUUCUCUCUUCAGGCCAGCAAUGGGCAGCACAGAGGACAAGGUCUACGAUUCCUCGUCUCCAUCGCAUCCCCUUCUCUCACCAGCCCCACCACCCCCACCGCCAUUACUAGAAGAUAAUGGCACAAUCGAUUCAUCAUCAAACACUUUCUUUACCAUCGCCUACAACCAUGGGCCAAGGCAAUUCAAAGAUCUCCCCUUCCUCAUCCUCUUCCUCCUCCUCCUCCUCUCCACCUUCGCUUUUGGCAUCUUCUGCAUUGCUCAUCACAACCCAAACUUCUCUUCUCUCUCAUCCUUUUCCUAUGACUCCAACACCUCCUCCUGCGUCGAAUCCUCGACCGGUCUCCGCCUCUUUCUGCCGCCAGCCAUUGAAUCUCACGCAGGUGACCUCAAAAAUGGCUUAUCUCACUCCUUCACCGUUAAAUCUCAGUUGGGUGGUCUCAAUUAUGGCUUCUCUCUCUUACGCACCAUCAAACCUCCGUUGGGUUUUCUCGAUAAUGGCUGGCUCUCUCUAAACUCUCGCAUUCUCGGAAGCCCUCUCCUCAAGGAUUUGAUUUGGACCUUAGUAAUCACAUUCUUUCUAAGCAUACCUCUCGUAUUGGGUCUUCUAUGGGUCCUCAAGAAUUACACCUGGCAAAUUGUCUAUGCAUCUCUCCCUUUCUUCAUCCUAAUCCCCAUCUUCUUCAAUGUCUUCUGGUUUGUUGCCUGCACGCUCGGUGAUAGCUGUCGAGAAUCAUUUCCCCUCUUUUACCGAAUCCUCGUCCUUGUAUUCAUCUUCCUCAUAAUUGGUGUCAUUGCUUGGAUAAUCUAUGCAAAUUGGCAUCGCAUUGAGCUAACUAUAAGGAUCAUAGGAACCGCUUCAGAUGCUCUAGGUCAGAACAUGGGUUUGUUUGUUGUUCUUCCUAGCUUGACCCUCUUUCUCUUUGUGUAUUAUGUGCCCGUCAUUUUCUUCUUGGUUUAUGCUCGUUUAAAUGGGAAAAUUGUCAUGAAGGAGGAAACGGAUGGGUAUUCUUGUGCUUGGAAGCAGGAUAGUUGGGUCCCUUGGUACUUUGCGCUUGCUAUAGUUACAGCAAUUUGGUCUACCGUGGUCAUGGUUGAGGCCCAAGUUUAUGUGAUCUCUGGGACUGCGGCCCAGUGGUACUUUGCAAAGGAAGAAGGUUCAGCUCCACAUCGGAGUAUAAGGAGUUCUCUCAGAAACGCAUUUGGUCCCUCCUUUGGCACUGUUUGCUUUUCUGGGAUGAUUAUUGCGAUCGUGCGCAUUGUGCGUGCUGCCGUGGACAGUGUACAAAGUGAAGAAAGUACGGGUAUCGUGAACCUUGUACUCAAAUAUUGUGUAGAUUUCUUCUUGACAGCUGUUGAUUUCCUCAACAAAUUCACUAUCAACUUUGCUGCCAUAACUGGUGAAAGCUACUGCACUUCUUCCAAGAUGACAUACGAGUUAUUGAGGCGUAAUCUUCUUUCAGCUGUCUUUGUGGAGACUGUUUCAACCCGUAUACUGAUUGGGAUUGUGUUCGUCCUCUCGGCAAUAUAUGCGAUUGUGGUGUGCGCAAUCCUAAGGGCUGUUAGUGCACUCGGGGGAGGAGCCUACUUUGUAGCAGUGCUUGCAGGGGUGGUUCUUUUCGUGGUUCUCGGAUACUUUGUUCAUGUUCUUGACGAUGUUAUUGAUGCAGUUUAUGUAUGUUACGCCAUAGACAGAGACAAGGGGGAGGUGUGCAAACAAGAUGUCCAUGAGGUGUAUGUGAUGCUUCCCAUUAGCAGGCAUGAAAGACCAACUUUUGCACCAGAGCUCCCUUGAAUGCCUGAUCUGAAAUGUUUCGUCUUUUUAACUCCUCUUCUGAGAAGGCACCAAGGAGGGCGUUUGGCCCAUGUACAUAGCGAAUUGGACUUGUUCCUAUUGUCAUUUGUACUCUCUCUUGUCAUUUGUACUCUCUCUUGGUGCCUUCGGGUUGUAGUUUGUAAAGCUUAUGGUUGUUGGUUAAUAAAUUGGGUUUGUUUUCUUGCAUUCUUUAUGAGAAACUGGUCUUUAUGAGAAACUGGUUCUUUUGGUAGAUACUGGUUGUCUGUAUAUGAGGAACCCAUGAUGGAUGGGAAGGCUAACAUUGAUUAUGUAAUAUUUAAUGUUCUUAUUCAUUUUGGAAGUCAGGGGGGAGGUGGUGAA